AUGAAACUUGCAAAUCGAGAUGCAAAAGGAUUGCGUGGUAAAAAGAUUGAUAUGAUUGAUGAAUUAACUAUUGUUUGUGGCAAUGAUCAAGCAACCCGAGCAUGGGCAUGUUCAGGCAAAUAUAUCAAUGCAAACUCAUCAAGACAAAUGAAUGAUAGUGACGAUGAGUACACACCGAUAUUUGAUCUUAAUGAGAAUACAACAGUCGAUGACUUGGAUGGUAUAGAAGGUAAUGGAUCUACACAACAACAAGAGAGUGACAGUAGUCAAAAACAUGCUCAAAGCAAUCACAACCAUGGAUAUUCAAAGCCUAUGAGACGUAAUUCAAAGAAGUCGAAAAAUGCAAAGAUAGUUGUCGAAACAAUGAAUGUUGUUGCAAAUAACAUGGUAAGACUAACGGAUGCAUACGAGAAGAGUAAGUCUUGCAUAAAUUAUUCAGACCUUUACAAAGCUGUCAUGGAUGUUGAAGGGUUAGAUAUUGAUAGUCAAAUGACAGCUUUUGCGUACUUGAACACAGAUUCUGUCAAAGCGAGAGCAUUUUUGAUCUAUCCCGAAGAAAUGCUCUAUUUAUUUUUAAUAGUCGAAUGCAUGCAUUUUCGGUUAGAGGAUUAUAAGUUCCUUGGACUUAGUUUUAUAGUGGUGGUCGAAUAA